AUGAAGCUCCCCUCCUUUUUCACCACAUUGGCAGUCAGCCCAGCCCUUGCAGCGGCUUAUUCCGGCAGCUGGAGUCCGGCAACGGCCGGUGAUGUGCGAGCUCCUUGCCCGAUGCUCAACACUCUGGCCAACCAUGGGUAUCUCCGACACAGCGGCAAGGAUAUCACCUUGAAUGAGACCAUCACCACCCUGCAGACUGUCUUGAACGUCGACCCGGUCUUUUCGACCUUUCUGUUCGAGAAGGCUCUCACUACAAACCCCUACCCCAAUGCGACGACGUUCUCUCUCGAAGAUCUCGGAAACCACAACAUCCUGGAGCAUGAUGCUAGCUUGAGUCGCGCUGACUGGUUCUUCGGUUCGGUUUUGUUGUUCAACGAGACCGUCUUCGCUGAAACCAAGUCCCACUUAACGGCAGACAUCAUUUCACUGGAAAUGGCUGCUAAGGCCCGGCUUGGUCGCGUGGAAACCUCCAAUGCCACGAACCCGACCUUCUCCCUGAGUCCGCUCGGUAUGGAUUUCGACUUCGGUGAGACCGCCGCCUACAUCAUGGUCCUCGGAGACGGAGCAGCCGGCACGGUUCGCAAGGACCGGGUCGAGUACUUGUUCGAGAAUGAACGGUUGCCCUUUGAGCUGGGCUGGGUCAGGCCUAAUACGACCAUUACCCUGGACGGCCUCAUAGCUGUUGCCAAUAGACUGUUCGCCGCCCAGGGAUUGACUUCCGAGGAGGCCGCUAAGAGGGUCCGAAGUUCGAGGGAUAUGCACUUUGGCCAUUAG